AACAAGUAAAGAUGGUUUUGAAUCUUUUAAAGAGCAAUUUUUAAAUACUGCAGUAUACGACAAUGUUUUAACCAGAACAAGUGAAGAUGGUUUUGAAUCUUUUGAAGAACAAUUUUCAAAUACCGCUAUACACAACAAUGUUUCAACCAGAACAAGUGAAAAUAGCUUUGAAUCUUUUGAAGAGCAGGUUUCAAAUACUGCAGCACAAUUUCAAAUAAUAAGCAGGAGUGAUUCAAUCAGAAUAAUGGAUGCAUCAGCAGUUAGGCAAAUAUUUGGCAUAAUGGAAUUUGUAGAAACUGCCGAUAUGCUUAUGAACAUCAAGGUCAUGGAAGACGAAGAUGAAACAUCAAAUUCAAGUUCCAGUGACAAAGAAAAUUUUAUCAAAAUUGAAAAUCUAAUCAUAAAUUCAAAAAGGGGUGCUUCAAGAAAAAAGCAUUUCAAAAGUUCUAGCGAAUUAAAAAAUAAAAGCAAUUCUAAUAAUAAAUAUUCAGAAGUACAGAAAACUCAAAAACCAACUCAGUGUUAA